GUGUGACACUCAAAGCCGUGUGGUUUCCGGCCAGCUCAGCGCGUCAGUGCUGUGGUGUUGUCGGAUUACAGGCUGACGGUCUCCGGUUCCUCAACGAUCUGCAGGGCAAACAGCGGAGCUCGCAGAGAUGGUGCUGCUGACGAUGAUCGCUCGGCUGGCCGAUGGACUGCCGCUGGCCGCGUCCAUGCAGGAGGACGAGCAGGGAAGUGAAAAGUUGGGUCGAGAUCUUCAGCAGUAUCAAAGUCAAGCAAAGCAACUCUUCAGGAAGCUCAAUGACCAAAGUCCCACUCGCUGCACUUUAGAGGCAGGGUCAAUGGCUUUUCACUACUGCAUAGAGAAGGGAGUGUGCUACCUUGUGCUCUGUGAGGCCAGCUUUCCUAAGAAGCUAGCCUUUGCUUACCUAGAAGACCUGCAGGCAGAGUUUCAUGAGCAGCAUGGAAAGAAGGUCCCCACUGUGUCACGCCCCUACUCAUUCAUUGAAUUUGACACUUACAUUCAAAAAACCAAGAAAUCCUACAUUGACAGCCGAGCACGAAGGAAUCUAGGAAGCAUCAACACAGAGCUGCAGGACGUACAGAGGAUCAUGGUCGCUAACAUAGAAGAAGUACUGCAGAGAGGAGAAACUCUGUCUGCACUGGACUCCAAGGCCAGCAACUUGUCCAGCCUGUCUAAAAAGUACAGGAGUGAUGCCAAGUAUCUGAAUACCCGCUCCACCUAUGCCAAACUGGCAGCUGGCGGUGUCUUUUUCAUCAUGCUCAUUGUCUACGUACGCUUCUGGUGGCUCUGAAUGGGGAAGAAGCAGAAGCAACAGGAGGCAGUGAAGUGAAAAACCUGCAGUUGCAAAGAAAAGCUGUCACCCUCAACUCAAAACAGGAUCCCUCCUUAGAGCAAGACUUUACUGACAUACCACCACUCCUUUUGUUGCCAUCUGUCCAACAAUGUGUGACCUGAACACAAAUGUCAUAAAUACAUACAGUAGGCUUGUUAAUAAGAAAGUUGCCCUGGAUUGGAUAAGAUACGAGUGAAUGUGUGUGCCUGUGUUUGUUGUUGAUUUUAUUUUUCAGGGGUGAUCUGAGUAUGAAGGCAAAGAUUCAUAAAGUAAUAAGUUUCUUUUUUUUCCUGAGUUUCCAAAGCUGUACUGUAACAAAGGUGGCUGAUUUAAUCCUGUAUAACAUCUCAUAAUACUGAAAAAAAGUUUAAAAAAAAAA